UAUAUACACAGAUUUGGGUGACAAGCAUGAUGGAUGGGUCGCCCCAACAGAGUACGCAGUGAACUUCGUCAAUGAAUAUACUUAUAGCUGAAACGAGACGAAAAAACGCUUCAGUGCACAUGCUUGGCAAAGUACACCAAGGAAUUUCAUAGUUUGCCCAAAUACUAUCAGCAGAUAAAAAAGGUUAAAUCUCCUGCUACCGAAAGAAUUCUGUCGUUCGAAGGGCUCUUUUUUCUUGCAUUCACAAAGGAUUAGAGGCACAAAUAUAGCACAGACUGGUUUUUCCUUUAACAUGCAAAUCAUGAACAAUGGAUAAAACAUUUUGGGUUGUGUUCGUGUAAAUUUAUGAAUAGACUACGUAUCCUCCUUGCUAUGAAGGAAAGAUAGAUGAAACGGAAGAUGUGAAUGCAGCCUCCAUUAAUUCAAUUUCUGAUGUACGACAUGGCUUUGCUCCAUCUACGAAAUCUGUGCAUCACAAGACCCUUUGUCAGCUACUGACGCAGAGGAAAGAGACGCAGCGAGGCAAUGAGCAACAAGUGAGCGAAGGGGAGAGAAUCAAAGCCAGGAUCGAGGAAAACAACAAUGAGGCUCUGGACCUGAAAAAUGACAGUAGUGAACGAAUGAAUAAAAACAACAAUGGGUUCAGUAGAAUGACUGGAAGUGCUCCUCAUAAUAGCAGUGAAAAUAUCAAUUGGCUUCACGAUGGUUCUAACAAUCAAGCUUCACCUCCGAGGCCUUCCGAAGGUAUGAUAAGUAAUGCCAGCAACAUAGGAAGUGAAUCCCUCUCUACGACCAUGUUAGCUUCAGCAGCCUCACCCGGAAGUAUGUCGGGGGUGUUCCGACCCCCCAUGAACGAAGCUGCCUCUAGACUUCUUACCCAUGGAAAUAGUCAGUACCCUGGUUUGUAUUCCCCAGGGGGUAGUGCUAGCAGCUCAAUAUCUCCUUACUCGCUGCAAGGACACAGUCCUUCCUCAGUGCAAGGAUCACACUUACAAUCGUUAGCACAUUAUAAUACAUUUUAUCAGAAUCCAUAUAAUUUACAGAGGUCCGGUAUUCUCUCUGGACCUUAUCCACAAAUCGAGUCCUACUCCGCUGUGUUACAGAGUAUGGGCACUGUGGUGCAACAGACUUCCCACACCCAAAUUCCACGCAAUACUUACGGUCCAGUGACACAGUAUUCGGGGCUCAGUAGCUCGCACCCGCGCUCAAUGUCAGCCUCAAUGUCUCCGAGCCCCGACGCUCACCACGGAGCUAGUCAGGCUGAGAUCAUUCACUCAGACCUGAAAAGGGAGAAGCUACCGGAAGAACAUGAAAUAAUAUCUCGUCUGAAGGAUGAGCGUGCUCAAAGUCUUUCAUCACUUGAAUUUUCUGGAGGUAAAUCUGUUUCAUUUAAGGACCCACCUCGGCGGGAUUCUCACCGCGAGGUCAGCUACAAAGUGCCUAGUGGGAAGGAGGGGAGUUUAAAACACCGUAUUCUGACUCGUCCCUCGGACAGUGCAAUACAGAGUUCUCACUUAGACUCAAGGUUCACCACCUACACGGGGGAUGAACCGGCCCUAAAACGAUCAAAAAAUAAUCACGGUGGGGUGUCGACCAAACAUUCCAUGGACGAGGGGCCCAGUGUGCACAUGGUGCCUCUACAGACCUCCAUGCGACAGAGCCCGGCCAUGACACAGGGCUCAAGUGCACAGUUACAUUACCCUCCCCAUUUCAUGAAAGGAUCAAUUAUACAGCUUAGUAAUGGGGAAUUAAAACGAGUGGAGGACUUGCAAACCGAUGAUUUUGUACAGAGUGCAGAAAUUAGCAGUGAUCUCAAAAUAGAUUCCAGUACUGUGGUGAAAAUUGAAUUCAAUCCAGACCACAGUACGGCCAUUCUUGGCUUUGUGGUCGGGGAACAUAAAGUACAGGUGACGGUGGAGGCGACAUUAGAGCACCCUUUCUUUGUCUUUGGACAAGGUUGGUCCUCGUGUGAGCCUGAGCGGAGUCUCCAUAGAUACGGACUGGAUUGCCAGAAGCUCACAGUGGGGGACGUCUGCAUCUCCUUAACGCACAAAGACGUACAGGAACGGGCAGCCGAGAUCUCCCAACAACAACAGCUGGAGCUGAAAGAGUCCCCCCACAGGUCCGCCCUCAGAAAUUCCACCUCCUCCCUGAGCCCCGCCCACAAGAGAACCUCCCCCAGUGACCUGGAGAACCGCCCCAGGAAGCAUCAUCUUUCCACCAUGUCAAGUCACCACGUCGAUCCUCCUAAGGACACUGUCGAAGUGAAACAGGAGACGGCUCGUUAUAGUGUUACCUGAUAUUCCACAACACCCCCCCCUCCCCCCUUCUACUCAAAACAAAUUAUAUCUUUGUUAUUAUUACUUCUUUACUUUGUUGUUACACAGCAAAAUUAUUAUCUAUACCCAUCAUUGUUUUUAUUGUAUAACAGCAAUCUGAAGAGCUUUUGAUACAGUCAUCUGAAUUUAUAUUGGAUCAAACAAGAAAAGGCUUGUCUGGAACAUGAAAAAAGUACCUAUUAGAGUAUGCCAUCAUUUUGACUUAGUUUAUCAUACAUGACAUGCAUACUUUUUUUUUUUAUUGGUUAAAUGUGUUCCUUCAGAUUUUGUAUUAAAAGGUUGCACUCCACGGAGAGACUCGGUCAGGUUGCUGUUUUAGUGCAAUUGUUUUACAGUCCCAGCACUAUAAUAUGGUUUUUUUUUUUUUUUUUCUUCAAAAGUGCUAAAUAGAAGAUACAGUGUAUCAAAUGCUUGAUAGUCUAGAUAGAUUCCCAGGUGUUUUUUAAUUUGAAAAUCUGCAUUACUUGUGUAAAGAGAUGUAUUUUACUGAGGGUAUAUACAUGUAUAAUCAACUCAUUCUCUGGCUUAUUUUAUUAGGCCAUAUGGUACAAUAGGAACAUAUUGCAAUUCAUAGUAUUUUUCUCAAUUUAUUUUUAGAGAAAACCUAAACUAUUAUAGAGAUCUGCUGUAAGCUACUAAUUUUUUUUUUGUAUGAAAAGAUUUGAGCCUAUUGAACAUAAAACAUGUUUAUAUUAAUGAACAAAUUAUCCUCUUAGAAAUUCUUAAAAAUUGACAUUUUUAAAGAACUAUAUAUUUUUUGCCCCCAUGGCAGUGAGUUGACAGAUUUUUAUGGCAUCAUCAGUAUUUUUAGAGUGCUUUCUUAUAUAAUUCAUAGAAUUUUUUUUAAUUAAUUGACAUUUACUGUACAAAUCCUAUGUGGAUUUAGUUACGAAUUGUCUUUUCUUGUUAUUUCAUGUUGUUUCAUGGAAAAUUGUGAUAAUUUUAGAUUAUUUUUAUUAUAGAUAACGCACAAUACAAGUGUAUCUCAAAUUUUAUGGAAAGCAAUUAAUGUUGUAAAUUGUAUAUUGGAUAUAAUUUUUACUUGAAAGAAAAAAUAUUAAUUUUUUUUUUAUAAAUGGAUUUAAACUAAAUACUUCAUAUAUGAAUUAUUGUUCUCGAUCAAAUGAUGAGUUUCUGUUAUAAAAAUGCCAAUGUAUUGAUAACAUAUCUGUCUUUUAUACUUUUUAUCUUGAAUGCACUUUUUGUCGAAAUUACAACAGACGCACAGAGUUCAGUCAGUGUUAAAGUAUUACAAAUGGCAAACUGUUUUUUUCUUAUGUGAUACCAUAAAGUAGAAAAAUGUCAGAGAAAAUGAUACCAAUCUUGCUAACAAAAAAUAUAUUCUCAAGACAAUAUAGGUGCUGUAUUGCAAUGCCUAUCCAUAUUUUAAUGGAUUACGCAUCACAGUCAUGCAAUAUUGAAGGAAAUGUGGUCUGUAAACUAAAACCAUCUUUUCUCAUCUUGUUCAUAACAAACGAGUCAUGUAGAAAUCUUAUAUGGCUAAUGUCAAGCAGCUAGCAUAUUUGAUGAGCAAUUAUCAAACUCUUUGGUGAGACAGGAAUUGGGAAUCUGUGCUAUGAGUAGAGCAUUUGCAUGUUGUUAUGCAUUGUUAUUGUUACACGCAGUAAAUUGGAGCAACACAGAUGCAAAGGGCAACAACUUCUAUUAAUCAUUUGGGA